AUGACCAGCAGUGAGCACCCGACGUCAGCAACAACGCACCUCGACGCCGACGAGAACACUCACUCUCAGGGGCACCCGGCUGCCGGGCCGGCACACCCGUAUCGGCACCAGCUGGCGACAGCUACUGGAUGUAUCGACCCGGCAGUGGGUUACGUCUACGCUUCGCGGUUCCCUGCAGCAGUGGAGAUGGAGACUGAGAAGCAGAGGAACGAGUGGAUUACGCAGGUUACCCGGAGAGAGUUCACCCCCUACACUGCCCAGAACGAACGGGAAUUUGAGGAAUGGGUUGACAAGAUUGCGGAAGAGGUGAGCCAGCGGACGUUUCGAAUGCAUGAGCCUAGUCUGAUCAAUAUCGUGAUCGGACAGCUCCCGGUGGCGUUGAAGCAGUUGGUGGCGGAGUUCUCGCUCGAGGACCGGCAGGAGGUAGAGUGCUGCCACAUACUCGCACUUCACGCUAUUACUUGCGCACAGUACGUGAACUGGAUUUUGGCUAUGACCGCCCUAGCGGUGCACUGGAUUGGUCACGCGUAA